AUGGAUCCCAACAUCCCGGGGUCUUUCCUGUUCAACAACGGCCUGAACCAGUUCCCCUCAGACAUCAAGGCGCCCAUGUGCCAGUACUCGGUGCAGAACUCCUUCUACAAGCUCAACCCCGGCCUCAACAGCCAGCUGCAGGCGGGCACGCCCCACGGCAUCAGCGACAUCCUCAGCCGCUCCAUGGUGGGCGCCCCCAGCACCACCCUCCUCUCCGGCUACUCCCCCAUGGGGGGCUUCGGGACUGUAGCCACCCCAGGUGUUUACUACAAUCGGGAUUACAACCCCUCUCUGAGCGGCUUCUCCAAGCCUGGCUCGGAGUGCCCCGUGAAGGGUCGCAGCGGGGGCUGCUGGGGAGAGGCGGGGUACGAGUGGAGAGGAGGGAGGCAGCCGUGCAGCAACAGCACCGGGCACCUGGCUGAGGUGGCGGGCAGGAAGAAGCACACCAGGCCCACCUUCAGCGGGCACCAGAUCUUCGCCCUGGAGAAAACGUUUGAGCAGACCAAGUACCUGGCCGGGCCGGAGAGAGCCAGGCUGGCGUACUCACUGGGCAUGACAGAAUCCCAGGUCAAGGUGUGGUUCCAGAACCGGCGCACCAAAUGGCGGAAGAAGAGCGCAUCUGAGCCCACCUCCACCCAGGCAUCCCGCGGGGAGCAGGGAGGGGAUGCCUCAGAGAAUGAGGUAGAGGACGAGGAGUACAACAAGCCCUUGGACCCCGACUCUGAUGAUGAGAAGAUCCGUCUGCUCCUGCGAAAGCAUCGCCGGGCCUUUUCUGUUCUCCGACUCGGCCCACACCACGUCUGA